AUGAACAGCAUCGCCGUUUCCCCACUGGAGACCCUUCCAAAUGAUAUUUUAUUCAUCAUACUCCUCGCUGUCGAAUUAACCGAUGUCCUUUCACUGAGACAGACUUGUCGCCGAUUACACACGCUUGGGUCCGACGACUAUUUGUGGCACCGGCUAGUCAGACGGUUUUCCUUGCCACUCGACGCUCCACGCAAUGUCGAUCUCAGCACUCUGAGUGGCGCAGAGCUACAAUCUCUCCUGGUGAAAGCCCUCCGCCUCGAUCGUAACUGGCGGAAAACACCUCCACAAAUUCGACAAUGUCGUUCAAUUGUAUAUGGUGCGGAUUCUUCGCGUGUCGAUGACAUGCAGCUCCUGCCAGGAGGGCGUUGGCUGGCCACCGCCGAACGUGCAUUCCCAGGCGGUUUCCGAUGCACCAUCAUGAAUAUUUGGUCUUUGAAGGAUACAGGGCAGUUUCAUCGUGCCAUUACUUUCAGGAUUACCGGCCAUUAUUAUCGAUUCUCAUGGGCCUACCAGAAGGAUGAAAACCAUGCUACUAUGGCCAUAGCCACGGAUCAUGAUCCUCGUCACAAAAACAUAUUACAAAUUUACGAGAUACCGUUGAUAGACGAAUUUGAGUCUGACGUACCUCAUUUGUCUGCACCACGCUUGAAGAAAUCGGUCAUGAAACCGCCCGACGCUCGCGGACUCGUCUCCGAAGUUUGCGUUUCCGAAGGCAUCGUCGCGAUCUCAUUCUUCGACCUGGAGGAGAACGAUCUUGGAUCCGCCCACUAUUUCCUAAUCGUUGAUUCAAAAACGGGAUCGGAAAGAUUAUAUCACCCCGUUUUCGUUGAACAUUAUCACCGGUUCAAUUUAAGGAUCGGUUCCGACUGUAUCUUGCUUUUGGGGGCCGUUGGCAGCGAGGUCAUCGCUCACAUCCUCGAUUUAUCCGACGAUACAACGCAGCCAUCUACAUCACCUUCAGGAUCGGGGCGCCCAGCUGUUAUAUCCCCAGAGCUCACGCCUCCGGGAGACUUCGUAGUCACCUUGGGUCCCGGUCGUGAAUUCAUCGUAUCCCUCACUCCAAAGCAGCCAUCGAACAAGAUCCCACACCGCGUCACUUUCCUCUCCUUCAGCGCCCUCUCCCGCGUCGACACAAGCACCGGAGUCGGGCACGCCGCUCGCGUCGCCCUCACCGACCAUUCUCCGCGCCACAAAUCAUCGUCCACCAAAUCUCAGCUCUCCGGGCCCUCUGCCCAUUCCAUCGACAAUGUCGAAUGGCCAUUCACGAACAUGACCUCUAUCCGUCUACCCCAGAUCGGAUACCGACGAGCCGUCUGGAUCGAGCAGAAUUGGAUCACGGAGCAGCAUCGGUUGAUGAAGCUCAGCUGGCCGCUGAAGGAAGAGGAAGGUGGGGCUGAGGACGAGAAGAGCGCGUUUUCGGUUGGGGUGCUGUUGCCGCCGAAUACCUCGUUGCCUUUCGUGCCGGAGGGUAUCACUUGUAUGACGUUUGAUGAGACGACGGGGAGGUUGUGUGUAGGGUUGAUUACAGGCGAUCUAUGGGUGCUUGAUUAUAGUUGAUUUAUCGUGAAGGUUGUAUUAAAAUAAGAUAGAAUACUGUAAUACCCAGUGGUCUG